AUGCGAGCAAGAACCUCAUUCUCUUCAUCUUUGCUUCGUUUCCAACACUCCUCUUCAACAACAAGAAACCCUAACGCCGUUAACCGAACCGAACUCUUGAACACCAUCAGAACCCUCUCAAACGUCACCACCGCCGUCACAUUCUUCCACCAAAUGCUCUCAAUUCACCCCUUCCCUCACGUAAAAGACUUCAAUUUCUUAUUCACCUUCGUAACCAAAACCAAACACUACACAACUACCAUUUCCCUUAUCAAACAAGCUCAUUCCUUCGGCGUUAACCCCGACACAUACACACUCAACAUCCUCAUCAAUUGUCUCUGCCAUUUGGGCCACACCUCCUUUGCCUUCUCCGUUUUCGGCCUAAUGCUCAAAACGGGGAUAAACCCUACUGUGGCAACUCUCAACACCAUUGUUAACGGACUUUGUGUAGAAGGAAAAGUAGCACAAGCUUUGGAUUUAACCCGCCACAUGGAAAAUUUAGGUUAUGAUGCUAAUGGUUACACUUUUGGAGCGUUGGUUAACGGUUUUUCUAAAAUCGGAGACAUGGUUAAUGCUGUUGUUUGUCUUAGGAACAUGACUCGGAGAAACUAUGAACCGAAUGUUGUUGUUUAUAAUGCUAUCAUGGAUGGUUUUUGCAAAGGAGGGUUUGUUUUAGAGGCUUUGGAUUUGUUCAAAGAAAUGAAUGACAAAGGUAUAAACCCUAGUUUGGUUACUUAUAAUUGUUUAAUUCAAGGGCUUUGUUGUAAUUGUAAUUGUCAAUGGAAAAAUGUUUCUUUUUUGUUGAGUGAGAUGAUGGAGAAGGGUAUAAUGCCUGAUGUUCAAACUUUUACUAUUUUGGUGGAUGGUUUUUGUAAAGAAGGGUUGAUUUUGGAGGCUAAAAGUGUAAUUUGCUUCAUGGUGCGGAUGGGGGAGGAACCUAAUGUUGUGACUUAUAACUCAUUGAUUGGUGGUUAUUGUUUGAUGAAUCGAAUGGAUGAAGCUAUGAAGGUUUUUGAUUUGAUGGUUUUAAGGAAGUGUUUGCCUAGUGUUGUUAGUUUUAAUUCAUUGAUUCAUGGUUGGUGUAAGGUUAAAGAUGUUGAUAAAGCUAUGUGUUUGUUGAGUGAAAUGGUUAGUGAAGGUUUGUAUCCUGAUGUUGUGACAUGGACAACGCUUGUUGGUGGGUUUUGUGAAGUUGGUAAACCUUUGGCUGCGAAAGAGUUGUUCCUUACGAUGAAGGAAUAUGGUUUGGUUCCUAAUCUCUUGACCUGUGCUGUUGUGUUGGAUGGUUUAAUUAAAUGUUAUUAUCGUUUCGAGGCGAUGUUGUUGUUUAGAGCUAUGGAGGAGAGUGAUUUAGAUCUUGAUAUUGUCAUUUAUAAUGUUAUGGUUGAUGGUUUAUGUAAAGAUGGAAAGUUGAGUGAUGCAAAGAAGGUUCUUGCGCGUCUUUUGGUUAAAGGGUUGAGAUUCGAUUCGUAUACUUAUAAUAUCAUGAUCGGAGGUUUGUGUCGAGAAGGAUUGUUGGAUGAUGCUGAAGACUUGCUUAGGAAAAUGGAAGAGAAUGGAUGUUCGCCUAAUACAUGCUCUUAUAAUGUGUUUGUUCAGGGAUUGCUGCGAAAAAGUGAUUUUUUAAGGUCAAGUAAAUACCUUCAAAUAAUGAAAGGCAAAGGAUUUGCAGUGGAUGCUACUACCACAGAGUUGCUUAUAGGCUUUUAUUCUGCUGAUAAAGAAAAGCUGGCUUUUCUGGCCAAGAGACCAGUACAACCCAGAGCUGGCUUUUCUGGCCAAGAGAUUAGUACAACUCAGAGCUGGCUUUUCUGGCCAAGAGAUUACUACAAUUCCAUUUCAGCUCUCACGAAAUUGAAAAAUUGUGAAAGACAGAAACAGGUUGGUAAACCUUCGGCUGCUAAAGAGUUGUUCUUUUCUAUGAGGGAAUAUGGUUUGGUUCCUAUUCUCUUGACCUCACAGGAUGUUGUAACCAAUGUUAUGCAAGCAGAUUACUACAGAACAAGCAUAUGCAUAUAUCAGCAAGCAAUGAAUGGAAUUAAGAAGGUAUUAUUCAACACAAGAAAGCAAUUUCUCCAAAGAAGCCAACCUGUUUACUUGAGGCAGCAAAGCAGCGGGAACUUUGUGGAACAUUUCAAAAAUGAACCAGGCAUAAAUGUUAAGAAACUGAUGUCAAGUUCCAAGACCAAGGAGAUCGGUGGAAAUGAUAUAUUUGGUACUCCUCGUGAAAUUGUGCCCCGUUCGUUGGAGAAACUAAUCUCUCACGGAAUUCAAUUGCACGAUGUCACAAGCUCAUAG